AUGCCUUACUCAAAUUCUCCCAAGGACCUGCGUGUGCUCAUUUCUGGCGCCGGCAUUGGCGGUCUCGUCGCCGCUUAUUGGCUGUGCAAGGCGGGCGCUUCUGUGACUAUUCUAGAGCGAGCCAGCGACCUACGCAAAGAAGGUCACAUCGUCGGUAUUCGAAAGGAAGCCGUUCCGAUCAUCAACUACAUGGGUCUUGAAGAAGAGGUCCGAAGUAUGAUGUCUCACGAGAUGGGCCUGAAAUUGGUCGAUAACAACAACUCGACCUGGGCGGCUUUCCCUCCGGAUGAUUUGGGCUUCAGCUGUGGAGUGGAGUUGCGACGAGGAGACCUGGUGAAUUCUCUCUACGAAAGGGUGAAGGAUCAAGCCCACUUCAUCUUUGGCAAGACGAUCGAGACUAUCCAAGAAACCGAUACUGCGGUAUGCAUUACUCUUGGCGGCAGUCCUUCAGUCCUUGAGUUUGAUGUCCUCAUCGUCGCCGAAGGUUUGAGAUCGCAUACUCGUGCCAAAAUAUUCGAGGAAGACGUCGACGCACCUAUUUCGAGUUUAGGCGUACUUGCUGCUUCUUUCUCGUUCAAGUCGGAGGACCCAUGGGCUUAUUGGUACAACAUUCCAGAUCAUCGAGCUCUCUUGAUUAGGCCCGAUCGAUUUGGCCAGUCACGAACGUUGGCCAUCUGCAAAAAAGAUGAGGAAUACACCCCCUCAACAAAUUUGUUUAGCUCGAAAACUUCUACAGAACGAAAGAAAGAAUUCUUCAUCCAGCGCUUCAAGUACACCGGAUGGGAAACCAACAAGAUCACCAAAGCUCUGGAAGAUUCUGACGACUUUUACGUUCUAGAAAUGGUGCAAGUGAAAUGUGAAAGAUGGUCGAAAGGCCGGACUGUCCUCCUCGGCGAUUCGGCAUACUGCCCUUCUCCUUUUGGGGGAAUGGGCACGACUGCUGCAAUUAUUGGCGCCUAUGGCUUGGCCGCCCAAUUGGUCCAGAAGCCGGACGACCAUAGAUCAGCCUUUGAAUCCUACGAGAAGUCUUUGAAGCCUUGGGCAGAGUCGAUUCAGAAGCCGGUGACGACGACCAUCCAAUUCGGUUUGCCUAGCUCUAAAUUUGGGAUCCACUUCUUCCACCUCUUUGGCUAUCUCGUCGCUUUGCCUCUAGUCAACACUUUAUUACCUCUCCUCAUCCCUUUCCUCAUCACAUUAGGUCUUCCUAUAAACGCCGUCGCUCCGAAAAAUCCUAAGCCAUCGGUAUUCGCAAGACGUUGA